GGAAAAUGAAACUGAAAUUCAGUGUCGGGUCCUGUGAGGGCUGCGCCCAAAUAUAGAGACAGACUGUGCCCCGCUCCGGACACUGCAGGCGCCAUGGGGGACGGCUCCUACCAGUUCCCUGUGGCCCUUAAGUGGGACGAGGGCCCCGAAAACCUAAAAAAAUUAAAGAACAAACUUCUGGUGCAUUUCCAGAGUAAGAACAAGUCUAAUGGAGGAGAAUGUCUGAUCCGGGACCUGGACUGUGGUCGGGGGUACAUCCUAAUAUACUUCAGAGAGGAGGCGGUACGGGACCAGGUUCUCCAGAAGGGGAGUCAGGAGCUGUCACUACCUGGGGGCAAGACCCUGAAGCUGGAUGUAGUCCCGGUGGGCGCAGCAGGGGGCGGUAUUGUGCAGGAAGCCUCAGCAAAACCAAGGAAAGAUGAGCUGAUCAACAGUCCAGUUGCAAAGGUUGUGCGAAAUGAACCAAGUGCUCAGGCCGAGCAUCUCCACACCAACAUGGUUCUGGUCGAGAACGUCCUGGAGUCCUGUUCAUCUGACAUGUUGGUCCUCCUCAUAGAGAAUGUUAGUGACAAGAUCGAUGACAAGGAGUUUUACUUGGAGACAAUUCCAGAAAAACAAGUGGCUGUGAUCUCCUUCACCUGCGACAUUGAUGUCUUUGGUUUCAUCCAAAAAUUCAUUAAAAACCAGAGAGUAAAUCAGCAGAAACUGACAGCAAAGCCUCUAGAGGAGACGAAAAUCAUCAGGGCUGAAGGGUUACCCCCAAACACACAAAAGGACCUGCUUGUCUUAUAUUUUGAGAGCUCAAAGGUCGGUGGUGGCGAAGUUCAGGAGGCAGUGAUGAUCCCGGAGGAAGAGGCCGCUCUGAUCACCUUCUCUGAUGCACAAAUUGUGAAGGUCAUACUAGAAAAGGAACAUAUGAUAAGUAAGAAGGUGAUCUCUGUGUAUCGAUACUACCCCACUUUAGGUACAGUCCUGUAUGGGAGACAGAGACCUACUGUAGUAAAACCACAGUCCAUCGAGUUCCCUAUCAGUCCAUACUUAUUGGAGUUUAUAUGGAAUGAUGCAAGAUUGAAAGAAGGCAUAGAGAAGAGCAUGUCCAAGAAAAUGUGUGAGAUCCUAUGGCCAGAUCAGAAUUGCUCAAACCCAGUCAUCACUUUGUGUUUUCCCAAUUCACUAUCAUCACAUCUCAGGACAAUGGCAAAGGUUGCCAGACAUGGACCCGAGACGGUAUCUGCUGAGUUCUCAAUGAUUAUAUCAAGAUAUAAAGUCAUAGACUGUAAAAUAAAUCCUUCAGGGUGGGAGGACAUCAAGGAACAGACCUCCACUUCUGCCUAUGAAGGAGUACUGGUCAAACCCAACCCUGAGGCUGAGAAGGUCUUCCUGGCGGGCACAAUGAAGGAUGUUAAUAGGAUUGAGAAGACUUUUAGGAAACUGGUGGAGGAAAUUAGCAAAAAAGCAGAAAGAAAAAGUCAGCUGUCCACCAUGACAGAACCGAUGUCUGCAGCUCUCUAUCAUAUUAUACGUAACAGUGGUGUGGAGAAGAAGAUACUGGCAGAUGUCCCAGAGCUGAAGAUGGAAUAUGACCCAUCCACUCAAAAUAUCCACCUUACCGGACUGCGAGAUGAAGUUCUCCAAGCCAAGUGUGAAAUACUUAGUGUUAAACAGCAGUUGAAAUCUAAAUCCAUCCUGCUGGACCCGCACAUCCUCCAGUUCUUGAUGUUUGCUAACAAUGAAGAGGUCUCGUGUUUCCUUUUCAUACGUCACAAUAUUAAUGCUCUAAUUGAGAUGGAAGAUAAUGGGAUAAAACUGACCGGAUACUCCAAAAAAGACUUAACGGAUGCAGAAGAGCAAAUAAGUCAAGAAUUAAUCUGUCAGCGAAUCCCAGUUGAGCACAAGGCUCUCCUACAAAGUCCGGAGUGGAAAAGUCUCCAAUCACAUCUACAUAACUCAUACAAUUCUAAGACCUCAUCAGUCCUAAUCCUAGAAUUCCCCCCUGGAGCGGAGAACGAUGUGGUGGUUGGUUUAUCUUCCAGUGUACACAAGAGCUACAAAGAAAUCCAGGACUUUGUGGAGGAAAACACUCCAGUGCAGAAGAACAUCAACAUGAGGUCAAUGGCCGUCAUGCAGUUCAUCAAGGAGGAGAAGCACAUUUUGGAUAAUCUGAAACGCAUUAAUGUUAAGGUUCUAUUAAGACCUAAGAGCAUGCAAUUAAAGGGAACAAAGACUUAUGUUGAGGAAGCAGCUUCCCAUGUAGAGAAGAUCCUGUCCUCUGUCUAUGAUGACACCUUGCGCAUUGAUAAACCUGGAGCCAAAAAGUUUUGUAUGUCUCAUGAAGAGUUGUACAUAACAUUGGCGAGGAAUAAAUUCAAAUGUGUGAUACAUUUACAGAAAGACGAGGAAAAUGAUGAACAUAGUGAUGAAAAUAUUAGUGAAACAACUCUGGAUGAGCCUCAAUACCAGAUACAACUGCCCCAGGGGGUGACUAUAUCGGUAUACAUGGGAGACUUGUGCCGUCACAGAGCAGAUGUCAUUGUUAAUGCGGCCAAUGAAGACCUGAAACACAUUGGAGGUCUGGCGAUGGCUUUACUGAAUGUGGCCGGACCCAAACUCCAAAGUGACUGUGAUCGUAUUGUCUGUCAGCAGGGAGGACUGUUCCCCGGUGAAUCGGUAAUCACAGAUGCAGGAAAUUUGCCAUGUAAGCAGGUCAUUCAUACUGUGGGGCAGUGGAAUUCCAGUUCAUCACAAAGAUGUAAGCAUCUUCUACAGACAGCGAUAAUGAGCAGCCUAACAUUGGCCGCCCAGCAUGGUCAUAAGUCCAUAGCCAUUCCAGCUGUCAGUUCUGGUAUCUUUGGUUUUCCGGUACAAGUAUGUGCACAAAAUAUAGCAGAGGCCAUUAAAGAGUUUGUGCAAAGUAAUAGCAGAUCCAGCUCAGUGACAAAUAUAAAUCUGGUAGACACUAAAGAUGUAACUAUCGCAGCCUUUACCAAGUCUCUGAAAGAACUGUUUGGAGAACAGAACUUAACCAGACACUCUGUGCCAAAAGCUAUGGGGACGUCGCCUCAAAGUGUAGAGGAGGAGACUGCAAGUGUGACGGUAGGCAACCAAAAGAUGGUCAUCAGCGUCAAAGAAGGAUUCCUUCAAGAUGCCAAGUAAACAGAUGUGAUUGUGAACAGUAUUGGAAAAGACCUCCACCUGGACAGCGGCGGAGCAUCCAGAGCCCUUCAUGAGAAGGCAGGAAAACAGAUGCAAGUAUCUCUAUCGAAAGAAGGAUCCGGAGCCCAGGUGGUCGAUGGUGCCGUUUUUGUUACUCCGGGCUUCAGUUUGUCCUGUAACAUUGUGAUUCAUGUGGUCGUUCCACGAUGGGACGGAGGAAAAGGUUUAUCAGAACAGCUUUUUAGACAGACGAUGCACAACUGCCUGGAUACAGCAGAGAAGAAGCAGAUGACGUCCAUCACAUUUCCAGCUAUUGGGACAGGAAUUCUGGGGUUUCCUAAAGACGUUGUGGCGUCUCUCAUGUUUGAUGAAGUUCUCAAGUUCAUCUCCACAUCCAAAAAUCAGUCCCUCCGGCAAGUGACUUUUAUGCUGCAUCCGAAGGACACGGAAACCAUAAAGGAAUUUUACAGAAAACAAGGUGCAAUAAAGGGCAGACCUCCUGUGCAGAGCAGAACGGUGUCUUCUCCAGCUGCAGAACCCAUGGAGGAAUCUGGAGCAAGCUCAGGCACAGCUUUCUUCGGAGCAGUAAAAACUCAAAGUCUGGGACUUCAUGAAAUGCUGGUCGGAUCCAUCACCUAUCAGGUGAAGACAGGUGACAUAACCAAGGAAGACACUGAUGUCAUUGUCAACUCAACCAACCAGACAUUUAACCUCGCAUCAGGUGUCUCUAAAUCUAUCCUGGAGGCGGCAGGGCCAAGUGUACAGGGCGAAUGCGCUCAGCUCGCGUCCCUAAACAAGAACAGCGACCAUAUUACCACUCAGGCUGGGAAUCUCCUCUGCAAACAUAUUGUUCAUGUCUUCGGCACAAAUUCAGCACAAGAAAUCAAAGACUUUGUAACAACAUCUCUGCAGGAGUGUGCGACCCUCCAGGCCUCAUCGGUGGCGUUCCCGGCCAUAGGCACAGGUGUGGCCAGUGUGUCCCCGGCUGUGGUGGCGGAUAUCAUGUUAGACGUUGUAACAGAGUUUGCCAAGUCCAAAUCCGCCCCAUGUCUCAAGAUGGUGAAGGUGGUUGUCUUCCAGCAGCAUAUGGUAAAUGAUUUCUACCUCAGCAUGAAGAAGAGAGAAGGACGCGACCUGCCCAAGGAGACGUCAUUUAUCUCCAGAUUGACAAGCUCUUUCGUCAAUUUUUUCACUUCAAAAGCUGGAGAGGAGAAGAAACCAAAAACGUUUGAGUUACGAGAGAACAUCGAGCCGGCCAUAUUCCACCUGUGCGCAGACACCAGCAAAGCUGUGGCAGACACAAUGACCUGGCUCCGGGAUCUGAUACUGAAGGAACAGCACGAGAACCGGAUAACUGAUGACUGGAUCCUGGAGUUUGAUGAUCAGGACCAUCACACCCUGUCCCAGGAUCAAAGGAGACUUGAAGUGUUUGUUUCUUUCGAAUCUCCUGGAUCCACGGUAAAAAUAAGUGGUCUCACCAGGGAUGUUCUAGAAAUGACCAACAAAAUCCAGGACAUGAUCAAGAAGGUGCGUGAGAAGAAGACCAAAGAACGGGAGGCAGAGCUCUGCAGUAACCUGGUGGAAUGGAAAUAUCAUGACGGCACCAAUUAUGUUCCAUUUGAUCGAAUGGCAAACUUGGAACUGGAGAAAGCCAAGAGUUCAAACUUUCAAACUCUACAGAUCGAUGUGUCUGGAGUAACCUACACAGUGGUGAUGGAGCUGAAUUCUAUGACGGAUCCCAGGGGGAAUGAAAAGAAGAUUGAACGGGUUCCUAAGCAUGGACAGUUUGAGCUGCCGACCACCUGGACACCGAUGACAACCAGCGAUUUGACUGUGGUUCAAUUAAUGCCUGGAAGCCAAGAAUAUACGGAUGUCGAGAGGCAAUUCAGAAAGUCAUGUCAGAUGAAAAUAGUCAAUAUAGAGAGAAUUCAGAACAAGGACCUGUGGAUGAACUACCAGAUAAAGAAACAGGCGAUCGACACCAAGACCAAGACAACGACCAACGAGAGGCAGCUCUUCCACGGGACUGACUCCAACUCCAUAAAAAAUGUGAACCAAAAUGGAUUCAACCGAAGCUACGCAGGGAGGAAUGCGGCCUGUUAUGGAAAUGGAACAUAUUUUGCGGUGAAUUCCAAUUAUUCUGCACAUGACCAGUACUCCAAACCAGAUCCAGGUGGCCUUAAAUACAUGUACCUGGCCCGGGUCCUUACUGGAGUCUUCUGUCGGGGACAGUCAGGAAUGGUGGCUCCUCCGGCUAAGAACUCAUCUAACUCUACUGACCUGUAUGACAGCGUCACAGACAACGAGGCCAAUCCUACCAUGUUUGUGAUAUUCCAUGACAUCCAGGCGUAUCCCGAGUAUCUCAUCACCUUCAGUAAAUGAUCAUAAUUAUUUUUUUCUUUUUUGUUUACUGUAAAGUUUUCUUUUACAUUUAAGUUAGAAACCAUAAGUCACUGGGUCACACACUGUGCUGCACUACUAAUUAACAAUAAAUACAACUACGAAAAAUCUGCACGCUGUGAUUGGCGCCCGUGGAUCUUCAGGAGACUCGUUUAGCCAUCCAUCAGUACUGGUGGUUGGUACCACUUGAGGAAGUCUUUUUGGACAUUUCAUUAUACUAUUAUGCCGCCAUCUUCGCGACAACAUCUUAUUCUUCCCUCCUUGCAUAUUACAAAUAGGUGGACCGACCUUUCACCCUUAUUCUAUUAUUUAGGGCUGUCCUCCCUCUGCUUUUCUAUUUUGCACUAGAGCGGGAUGGGGUUUACCUCUACACACCUCAAAAGCCCUUGAUAUGUUCGAAAGUUUCUUCCAUCUUGCCUUACAUUAUUUGUAUAGACUAGUGAUCUCCAAACUGUGGCCCUCCAGAUGUUGCAAAACUACAACACCCUGCAUACCUGGACAGCCGUUGGAGGGCCACAGUUUGGAGACUACUGAUGCAGACUGAUGGACAACAUAAACACUAUAACACAGGGUACUAUGGUUACCUCUGGA